GCUGAGCUGCAUGGUGUCCGAGUGGACAAGACGUGCUCCUCGGUGUGUUGGUCGUCAAUUGCCGCACACAAGGCGGGACCCGGAGGUUCCGCGAGCGCGCGUCCGUCUCGGUUUGGUCGGCCUGGGCAUCGUAAGUCCAGUAUGGCAGUUGCCCACGUCUAACCGUAACAGGACCACCCCCGUCGUCUGGCGCCUCCCCGCGCCAUCAACGCCAAGGACGACUACCCUCAGGCCGCUGGCCUUAAACGCUAAGGAGGGCCUCUCUCGGCGAGCCCAAAUCGGUGGACUCCGGGGCUUGCCGAUUCGACAAGGAGAGAAGACACCUGCCCGUUACGAAGCCAGCAACGCCUGCUGGUCGUCCAUCCACAUCCGGCACGGAAGCCGAAGCCGAAGACGGCCCGAAGGCCGCAGUACGAAGCUGCGUCCGGCGACGAAGACCGGAGAUCGCAGCUGGGGAACAACCACCAUCGCCGAAGCCAGCAAGCCAAGAACCCCCAACCGUGGGACGGAACGAAGCCGCAGAGUGGUAGCGCCGAAGCUCCUCUGCCGGCGAACAUCCGGCGAGAUCCAGCUGAGCUGCAUGGUAAGGUUGCCCCUGAACUACCCACACCAAACACCCCCACACCCACAUUCACACGAUCCCGCAAUAAAGUUCUGUUGUUGA